AUGACUUUGCAUGAGAAUUGUUCCUGGAAUGGCAGCCAGCUGUGGAGCCCACAGCUGGUAUUGGUACUAGGCAUCCCUCAGAUAACUCUCAACAUCCUGUCCCUGGUCUCCAAUGGGGUGGUCAUCAUAGUCAUCUUGGCAUCCCAUGAUCUCCACCACCCCAUCUUCAUGCUCUUUGGCAACCUGGCGUUGUCAGACCUCUUGUCCAGCUCAUCGGGCCUCUGGAUCUCCGUGCUAUUCCUGACCCAUCCAGACAAUACCAUCCGUGGUUCCCGUGAUCUGCUGGUACCAUAUGCCCUUUAUGCCACCUCCAUCCUUUCCACCAUCUACAACCUGGUCAGUAUUGGUAUGGAGCGGUACCUGAUGGUGGUGGGUGGGGGACUGAGGGCUCCAGCCAGGGUAUCCAAGAGAAAAGUAAUGACUGUGGUCUUGGCUAACUGGGCCCUUGCAAUCACUCUGGGUUCACUACCUCUGCUGUCUUGGAACAGCCUGGACAGUGGUUGCCAGCCUUCGGAACUCUAUGGUCCCUUCUGUAUAGACUACCUCAUCUUCAUCACCGUCCCUCACUGUGUGGCGGCUUUGGCUCUGCCCCUUUUCAGCUACCUGAAUAUUGUGUUGGUGCUGAAGAAGCAGGAGGCUGCCAUGGAGAGUCAUGGAGGAGGGGGGUCCAGAUCAGCUGAGGUUCCAGUGAUCCGAACCAGCAUUGCUAUCUGGCUGCUGACUCUGGCUUCCUACGCUCCCUUCUUUGCUGGUGUUCUGGUGGAUGUGGCUGCCUGGCAUUGCCCUGAGGAUCUAUAUCCUGGCUUCUUGGUGUUCCGAAAUGUGACGGCCAUUAUGAUCACCCUUAAUGCCCUAGGGAACCCUGUGCUUUACACUCUCAAGCAAAGUGACAUCGACUCUGAAACACAGCUCCUCAGCACUUCAUGCUGCUCGCCCACCCCUACUGGAGAAGAUCCUACGAAACCUAUUAAGUCUCCCCAUGCCCCACAAAAUUCCGGAGAAACUCGCCUACUCCUAGAGAUCCACGUGGUCUUUCCUUCUACCCCCGCCUACCCACAUGCAGCUCGAAUACUUGGAGCUGUACUACCUGGGUCUAGUAGGAGGAGCGAACGAGGAUCGAUUAGUCAGGCCUGGCUGUGGCCUGGGCUGGGCCCGGAUUGGAGGGUUCUGAAUACACUUCCGGACACGCUCGCGAUGCACCCUACUUAG